UGUUGGCUAAUGUUUAUCGAAUUCCAAUUGUCAUAGAAUAAAUCAAGUUUGUUCAAAAUCAAAUUCAUUCAAGAACAACAACCAAUCAUGAAGGAAACUAGUCAAAAGUUUCAUUCACAAGAAAAACCAAUCAAAAUGUCAACAACAGAAUCAUCAUCGUCGUCGUCGGAAAGUAAAAAAUCAUCCAACAAUAUCUCUACGGUUGCUGUUCCAAAUAACGGUGAUAAUUGUGUUGUUGUAACCAAUUCAAGAAAAGAAGAGUCCAAUUCAAAUGGUCGCAUUCAUCCAUCAUCAACAUCACCGACCACAACAAAAAUGAUGAAAAAAUCAUCAUCAAAAGUAAAUCAAUUAUCAUAUCGUGAUCGAAUGAAACGAAAAUUAUCCGAUGUAUCAUCAUCAACAUCGACAACAAAUACCAUAAACGAUCCAUUAUAUCAUGCAUUCAAACGUAUGUGCCAACAAGAUGAUUCUAGACGCAUGCUGUUUCGAAUAUUAGCUCAGGAUUCAUCAUCAACACCGGAUGCUUGUUCAUCAACAACAGCUGCCAAUACAUUGAUCAAAGAAUUUGUACAACGUCUUCGUUGUAAUGUUGGAAAAUCUGAAAAUCAACACGAACAAUCAUUAUCAACCAAUGAAGUAAAUGAUUCGAUGAUUGUCAACGCAGUAGCAUCCACAUCGACAUUACCAUUAUCACAACAAUCACCAUCAACCAGUCAUCGUGAUAAUAACAACAAUGUUCAUGUUCAAACAAUCAAACAGGAACCGAAUGACCACAAUCAUCAUGACCAUGAUCAUCUUCAUCAUCAUCAUCAUCACCAUGUUCAUAAUUCCACUGUUUGUAAUGAAAACAACCAACCAUCAUCAUCAUCAUCAUCGAAUCAGGUGAAAAAGUCAAAUGUACGAAUUCAAUGUAAAAUCGUACAAUAUCUGGCCACACAGAUUCGCAAAUUACCAUUAGCAUUAUCGCUAUCAUUGAUGACACCAAGAUUACCAAUGCCGGCAGCAGAAUUACAAAAUCUACGAUAUGGAAAAUAUUUUCGCGUUGAACAAUGUCCGAAUGGUUAUGCAAAAGUAUUGCAUCUUUAUUGGGAUGAAAUUGCUCAUCUUGAUCGACAACAGAAACUGGAAUUAUCUGCCGAAUUCAUGAAGGAAAGCUUUCGUGAAGUAAAACCAAAUGUUUCAGCCUAUGUAAUUAGCAUUGUACAUAAUGCCGCUUAUUAUAUGCCAGAUUGGCUUGAAUGGCUUUCCGAUUCGAAUCCAAAUCUUGCGGUUAAGGCAGGCAAACUUGGUCAAUCCGGUUCGGACAUUGAAACAACCACAAUGACCAAAUAUCGUCAACAAGUUCAUCGAACUUAUUUGAAUGGUACUUUUCGAUAUGGUCCAUUACAUCAGGUGUCGGUAGUAGGCACUGUACACGAAGAAGUUGGUGGUUAUUUCCCUCGAUUAAUUUCAAUUCUGGAGAAAUCACCAUUUCUUCGCUUAGUAAUGCCAUGGGGACCAAUGUCAUCGUUACACAUGUCAUCGCCAACUGAAUCAAAUGAUGGCCCAAUACUUUGGGUCCGUCCUGGCGAACAACUAAUCCCGACCGCUUGUCUUUCAUCAUCAAAUUCAUCAAACACUACACCUAAACGUCAGAAUGAACUACGUGGUCUGUUACGACGAUCAUCCGAACCUCGAGAAUUCAUGUUCGAAGAUAGAACUAGAGCUCAUGCCGAUCAAGUUGGCGAAGGUUUAGAACGGCAAACUACUGCAGCUGUCGGUGUAUUGAAAGCAAUACAUUGUGGACAACAGCCCAAGUAUAAUCGUGCCACCAAAGAUGUUGUAGCAUUCGAUGCUGCCCAUUUUGAUGAACUCACCAUGAAACUACAGUUGGAUCUUUAUGAACCACCCGUUUCUCAAUGCGUCACGUGGAUCGAAGAUGCUAAACUUAAUCAAUUACGACGUGAAGGCGUAACAUAUGCACGUGUGCAAUUGCACGAUAAUGACAUUUAUUUUCUACCCCGUAACAUAAUCCACCAAUUUCGCACAAUCACUGCUGUCACUUCGAUUGCCUGGCAUGUUCGACUCAAAAACUAUUAUCGAGAUACACGAGCCAAAGAUGACAAAAUAGCCACCGACAAUCAACCCGGCGAUGCAUCAUCAUCAAACGUUUUGGACGACAAUAAUCGUUCUCAUAAUCACCAUCAACAACGAAAAUAUUCGAUGUCAAAAAAAUCAAACAAACGUUCCGCUGAUGAUGUCCCCAAUGAUGAUAAUAAAAAAUCGUUGGAUAAUCGAAAAAACAAAAGAGCUCGCAUUGCCUAUUCUACUGUCGAUUCAGAGAUUGCCAAGUCCAAAUCAUCAUUACGAAUGGAAAAUGGUAUUCAUUUUCGAAAUCGUCGUCAUAGUGAAACACCUGAACAAAAUCGUACCGAACGACCAUCAAAUAAUGAACGUUUACAAAGCGAACCACCAUCGAUUCAGCAAUGUGCAUCACGUAAACAAUUACUUAUGAAAUUUUUAAAUGAAAAUUCCAAAAACAAACAUCGUACAGAGAAACCAUCAUGAACAACAAAAAAAUAUCAAUCACCAAAUGAUCAUAGCUAAUCCAACUAGUCGAAAUUCCAUUCAUUUCUUCUUUUUUUUUGCUUUUCGCUCACACUUUUUUUCUGAUCUCUUUUCUGGCCCCCUACACACACAAAUUCUAAUCUGAUUUAAUUUAAUCAUCAAAAUUUUACAUCCACCAGAUUCAUAUUAUUAUUAUUGUAAAAAAAAUUGUUCAUUAUACGAUUAUAUAUACAGUUUAUUUCCCCCCCACCAUCAUCAUCACCUUCACUUCAUUAAUGA